AAUUCUGAGCAACUAAGCACGAACAUUCUGUCUACACAUCCUCUCGCUGUGAAUAUGAAUCAUCUUUGCAGAACCGAAGUACGGAUCUCAUUCACAUAUUCAAACAUCAGACGGGUGUUGGUGCGCUAUUUUCCAGUUCCUCUUUGUCAUAUUUCUUACGAUUUGGUAUAGUUGCCAAAUACCCUUCAAGGUUCCGGUAUCAAUCAUCAUGCCCCCACUAUAAAUGAUUCACUAUGGAAGCAAUUGUAGACAUUUUGUUUCCUUCCCUUCUCGUCGUCUCCUCGUUAACUUUCUCGUCCAUCUUGAUAUGCUCCGCAGAGCUUGAGUAACUCGUUUCUUAUCAUCUUACCCUCAUCCCACAUCCUCCAAGUAUACCCUCUAUAAAGCUCCUCCUGCCCCCACUCUUGAUAAUGACUGCUUAUACCCCUCCUUCCUCAAUUCUCAUAAUCGGCACAGGUGUAUUUUCCCUUAGCACCGCCCUCACUCUUUUAAAACGGCCCGCCUACAAAACCACAACCAUAACCCUUCUGGACCGAUCCCCUUUUCCUGCCCCGGAUGCCUCCUCCGUGGACUCUUCGCGCAUCAUUCGCGCCGAUUACUCCGAUCCCCUCUAUGCCGAACUUGCAGAUUCAGCUCAGAAACAGUGGCGUCAAACUGGCGAUGAUGAACUCGGCGGGCAAGGUCGGUACUCCGAAAGCGGUUUAUGUUUAACCUGCGACACCUCCUAUGAAAAUAGCGGACAAGGAUAUGUACGAGCAAGCUUCUCAAAUGUCCAAAAAUUAAUGAAACAAGCUGGAGAUACAGAGGGAGUCCUAGAAUUGCCCUCAGCAGAGACUAUACAGGAACUUUUUCAAGCAGGAUCAGGAAGUGGAGAAUGGGGAUACAUAAACCGACGAUCAGGAUGGGCUGAUGCAGAAGCUUCCUUGGUCUGGCUACGAAAAGAGGUUGAAAAGAUUGCUGAUGACCGCGUCAAAUUCAUCGUCUCGGAAGUUACAUCCCUCAUCUUCUCCCCCGAUCAAAGCACUAUUCUCGGAGCCAACACCGCAUCUGGCACCCAAUACUUCGCCGACCUUACAAUUCUCGCAGCCGGAGCCUGGAGUGCCAAAUUUCUUGAUCUCCGUUCUCAAGUGCACUCUAGCGGACAAUGCUUGCUUUACAUCGACAUCACAGACGAAGAACAAGAAAAAUACAAAAACAUUCCCGUCCUCCUUAACAUGAGCUCCGGCUUCUUCAUUCUCCCUCCAAGAAACAACAUCUUAAAAAUCGCACGCCACGCCCACGGAUACUCAAACCCAACCACAAUCCCUCAUCCCCACCCCUCCUCCGCUGGCGAAACCAUCAGCGUCUCCCUCCCUCUCACAAGCUACGACUGCCCCACCAACGGCGUCCCCAUGGCCUUCCAAACCUCCGCCGCAACCGCCUUACAUACCUUACUCCCCGAUCUUCCGCCCCGCCCCUUCUCACACACGCGAAUCUGCUGGUAUACCGACACACCGUCGGGCGAAUUCCUCAUCACCUACUGCGACAAACCACAAUCUAGCGGCGGCCUCGGUCUCAAAGGUGUAUUUUUAGCAACAGGCGGUAGCGGUCAUGGAUUUAAAUUUCUUCCUGUGUUAGGAGAGAAAAUUGCAGAUGUGAUGGAGGGGAAAGAUGAAGUUUGGAAGGGGAAGUGGGCGUGGAAGGUUACGAGGGAUGACUGGGAUGGUAUGACGGAUGAUGGGAGUCGGGCGGGGCCUAGAGGGGAGAAACUUUAAGAGUGGUAGGUCGAGGGCUUUGCAUGUGCAAUUCUUUGGAGAUAUACGUUGUCUUUCGUUGAACAGUUGUUGGAGUUGAGAUGCUACAUGGUGUUUAUGUAUCACUCCCAGCACAGAAUCGGCAGACGGGGAAAUGAUUAGAUGGAGAAGAGUUAUAUGAAGGUUGCGUAUAUAUAGAUGCUAGAAAGAAUGUAAUGUACGUGAUGGUUUAUAACAUGAAGGCG